UUUCAGUUUCGUUAAUUUCGCAGACGGAAAACGAUUUUUUUCAAUGUAGUUCAAUAGAAGCACGUUUACUUGGAUAUGGUAUAAUGAAUACAAGGCGAGUACUCUACAGCCUGGUUGCUGUCACACUGAUACCGAUGGUUCACGGCAUAGAUAUGUUACCGGCAAGUAACCAUUAUAAUGCAGAUGUGGGACGAACAAGUCCUUAUGUUUCACAGCAGCGCCCUCAGUACAAUAACAAUGGUGGCGACUACAGUAAUCGUCUUUCAGGCCUCGGAAACAGUGUUCUGACUAAUGGUCAAUUGGCGAGUGUUAACCAUUUACCAUUUGAUAACCAAGACAUGGCCACUGAGCGCUCACCAGCUGAUACCAAUGGUCAAGGCACGGGUGGUGACUUCUCACAAUUUGAUACUGAUAAAAUUUAUCAAAUGCUGGACAGAAAUCUGGAAUUUGAGUUAAAUGAAGAGAGGGCGCUUCGUACAAGUUUACACAACCGCGUCAUCAAGCGUCAAUCAAACAAACCUCACGCUGGAGUUCUAAAAAUCCACGACUCUGACUUGACUGGUCAGCAAGACGAAGUGACAAAUCAUAAUGGAGAUAACGACGUGGUAACCACGUGGUCUGAAUGGACGAGGUGUAACGUCACAUGUGGUGCGGGGUAUAUGUGGAGAACACGCAGCUGUUCACAGCCUUCUCGUUGCCCCAACUCAGCAUCAGAAAGCAGGUUAUGUCACGUGGUAAAUUGCUACGCAGAGUCUUCAGUUGAUUACAUUGUAGUUGUGGUCGUUCUCAGUGUUUUCGUCGCAGCAGGCAUGAUUGCAAUGAGUCUAUUUCUCCUCACCAGAACCAAGAAGGGUGAUUAUAUAGACUUAACCAGUGACGUAACAGUCAAACGUAACCCAAGAGAUCCCUGUCCUCCCAGACCAGUCCCUACAAAGAGCAAGGAUAAAGUAAGCGAAGAAGGCAUUUAUCAGACUAUCGGUAGUGCUCAGGGCAGCAAAGACGAUGUGUAUCAGACGAUCAGCAGUUGCCGUGACGUCGAAGAAGGCAUAUAUAUUGACCCAAUGCAAGUUCAGGGACCAACACUAAGAAGAGAGAGUCAACCAGAUUACCCAGCACCGCUUGCUCCGGGUGCAAAAAGUUACAGGGAUGAUGACGAUCUGUAUGAAGUUCCCAUAACAACACGGAACACACAAGAAGAGGAAAAUCCAUACAUGGAAUUUGACAGCUAGAGCUGACUAGCCAUAGGGUCAUUGACCUCAAUUUAUUAG